CAGGCAUCUCAAUGGGCAGGAAGUUCUUAGAGAGUCAUUGUUGUGUAUGAGCACAAGCGGUCUCUCUUUUUAGCCCAGUGUAAGGUGUAAUAGCUCAGAUCGAGGAUGUCUCUUAUGGAGGGUCUUCUCCUCCAGGCUCCCAGCACAGUGACACUGGUGGGGGCUGUGCUGUUUCUGCUGGUCCUCUACCUCCUCUCCUCUGGAUCCAGCUCUGAGGAACACGGAAAGGAGCCUCCAGGACCCAGGCCGCUGCCCCUAAUUGGUAACUUGCUCCAGCUGGAUCUCAAGAGGCCCUACCAGACUCUCUGUGAGCUGUCCAAGAAAUAUGGCUCGGUGUUCACAGUUCACGUUGGACCCAGAAAAGUGGUCGUUCUUACAGGAUACAAGACAGUCAAGCAAGCACUGGUCAACCAUGCAGAGGAGUUUGGGGACAGGGGCAUCAAUCAUAUGUUUAAUGAAAUAAACAAAGGACACGGUAUUGUAUUUGCCAAUGGAGAUUCAUGGAAAGAGAUGAGACGCUUUGCCCUGACAAACCUUAGGGACUUUGGAAUGGGCAAGAAAGCGAGCGAGGAGAAGAUCAUUGAAGAAAUUCGCUACCUGACUGAAGUGUUUGAAGAGCACAAGGGUAAAGCAUUUGAUACAACCCAGCCAAUUAAUUAUGCCGUCUCCAACAUCAUCUGCAGCAUUGUGUACGGCAGCAGGUUUGAAUACUCUGAUCCCCGGUUCCGACGCUCGGUGGAUCAAGCCAAUGAGGCCAUCCAACUUGGAGGAUCUGUUUCAAUACAGUUGUACAACAUGUUCCCAUGGUUGGGCCCAUUGCUGAAGUCCAGGACCCGUAUCAUUAAAAAUGUUACCAACAACCAAGAGGAGAUGAUGGAGCUGGUGAGGGGGCUGAAGGAGACUCUCAACCCUCAGAUGUGUAGAGGCUUUGUGGACUCGUUCCUUGUCCGAAAGCAGACCCUGGAGGAAUCAGGCAACAUGAACUCUCAUUACCACAAUGAGAAUCUCAUACAGACAGUGGCCAACCUGUUUGCUGCUGGUACCGACACCACCGGGACAACCCUGCGCUGGGGUCUGCUGCUCAUGGCCAAGUACCCCCAUAUACAGGACCGGGUCCAAGAGGAGAUAAGCAGGGUCAUAGGAAGUCGUCAGGCCUUGGUAGAGGACAGGAAGAACCUGCCCUACACUGAUGCAGUGAUCCAUGAGACCCAGAGACUGGCCAACAUUGCACCCAUGGCCAUCCCUCACACCACCAGCCGAGACAUCACCUUCCAGGGAUACUUCAUCAAAAAGGGGACUGAUGUGUUUCCUCUGCUGACGUCUGUCCUGCGAGAUGAGAGCGAAUGGGAGAGCCCUCACACCUUUAACCCCGCCCACUUUCUGGACGAGGAAGGUCGAUUCGUCAAGAAGGAUGCCUUCAUGCCCUUCUCUGCAGGUCGUAGGGUUUGUCUAGGAGAGGGUCUGGCCAGGAUGGAGCUCUUCCUUUUCUUCACCUCCCUCCUGCAGAGAUUUUGUUUCUCUCCUCCUCCCGGGGUAACAGAGGAUGAUCUGGACCUCACACCAUCCCUGGGGUUCACCCUCACUCCUUCACCACACCAGUUGUGUGCUGUGAGCCGGGUCUGAGAUGAGAGUCUGGUCCCAAUGUAUAUUACACACGGCUUUAGACCAACAUAAAAAGGUUAUUGUUAUUGCAGAUUAAUACAGUGUAUUUUGAAUAAUAUAUGUGAAUGAGCUGUAAGUCCCUAUGGAUAAAAGCGUCUGCUAAAUGGCAUAUAUUAUCUCCAUCAAGUUGUAAAUAUUAAGGUAAAUAUUUAUGUUGUUUGAUUUCAAAUCAAAUCAAAUUUUAUUUGUCACAUGCACCGACUACAAUAGGUGUAGACCUUACCGUGAA